AUGGGGGAGCACAUACACCGACGCUCCCCCAGGCCUACGAUCGCGGGGGGGGAUUUCAACGCUCACGCCGUUGAGUGGGGAUCCCCCUACACUGACUCCAGGGGCGACAGCACCCUGCAGUGGGGGGCGGGACUCGGCCUGGUCCUCAUGAACCGGGGCCGAGUCAGCACCUUCGCGGGGUCGCGGGGGGAGUCCAUAAUUGAUCUUACAUGGGCGACCCCCGCGGCGGCUCAAAGAGUCAAAGGUUGGCACGUGGACGCCGGCUCCUUAGGAGAACUCUCGGAUCACAAGGUGAUCCGAAUGGAGCUGGUGUCCACACCCGCGGAGGUGCAAGCGAGACAACGCCGCCUCAGAGAGGAACGUCGAUGGGCCCUCAAGAAGCUGGACCCCGACGCUCUCGAGACCUCCGGAGGACCACCGUGGCCGCCCGGCGCACCUACACCCGCGCACGGCGGCGGGGCAUCGACGCUGAGACGGAGGUGGCCGCAGAGGGACUCCGCAACGCGCGAAGCGCCCUCCGCGUGGCCAUCAGGCGGGCGAAGGCCAAAGCCUGGCAAGAGUUCGUCUCCUCCCUGGACAGGGAUCCGUGGGGGAGGCCCUAUAAGAUCGCGACGAAAAAGCUGCGACCGUGGGCCCCCCCAAUCGCGGAAACCCUGGACGUCCGGUUCCUCGACGAGGUGGUGUCCGCCCUCUUCCCUGCAAGGGAUCGCGAGAUCCCGGAGAGGGCGGGCCCGCCAGGGAUGGGUCGAGGAGCUGGGCGUCUCAGGGGAGGAGAUGGCGUUGGCCUUUGCCCGCCUGAAGGGUAGGCCCCGAGCGCCGGGGCCCGACGGCGUGCCCGGUAGGGUAUGGGCGGCCGCGGCCCCGGUGAUCGGGGGAAGAGUGAGGCAGCUAUUCACGAGCUGCCUCAGGGAGGGGGCGGUCCCCGAGUCGUGGAAGAGGGCCAGACUCGUCCUCCUCCGCAAGGAGGGCAAGCCAGCGGAGAACCCCUCCGCAUACAGGCCUAUAUGCCUACUGGACGAGGUGGGAAAGCUUUUUGAGCGAGUCAUAGCUUCCCGCAUCGUCCGGUGGCUGUCCCGGGAUGGUCCUAACCUGUCCAGCGGUCAGUAUGGCUUCCGGGAGGGCCGAUCGACGGUGGGUGCGAUCAUGCAGGUGCGUGCCCUCUCGGAGCGGCUGACCGCGGACGGGAAGGUGGCGUUGUCGGUGUCACUUGACAUCGCCAACGCCUUUAAUAGCCUGCCAUGGGGCCGGGUGGUGGGGGCGUUGAAGGAGCACUUCCUCUUGCCCCCCUACCUGGUCGCCGUGGCGGAGGACUAUUUCCGGGACAGGCAGCUGGAGUACCGAGACAAAUCCGGACUCCAGCAGCAUAAAGAAA